GUUUAUGGCUGCGAAGACUUGGAUAGACGUGUAUAGACCGCUACUUGCCUACCUUGAGAGUCCGAUUUGACCUUCCCCGCCAUGGUUUUUCAACAAGCUGGAUCCCACCAUUAACCAGAGCAUGCAUGGCCGAGCAUAUAAAAUAUGCAAAACCAAAGAAAUCCCAAGAUGAGACAGAGUGAGUGUCAACUAACCAAGAUGAGUUCUUCAUCAAGAACUUGGCGAGUAUUUUCUGCAGCAAUGGCAGUAGCAGUUCUUCAGUCGUGGUUGAUCUUCCUUACUACUGCAACUGCUGCUGCUGCUGCCGCCUCUGGGAUUCGAAGUAACGAGACGGAUCGUAUGGCGUUGCUGGAGUUCAAGUCCAUGGUUUCUAGCGACCCAUUGGGAGCUCUGAGCUCGUGGAAUGAUUCCACCCACUUCUGCCAAUGGUACGGCGUGUCCUGUUCGAGAAGACAAGUUGGCGGCAGAGUUGCUGUCCUGAGACUGUCUUCUCAAAUGCUCUAUGGCUCCAUUUCGCCACACAUCGGCAACCUCAGCUUCCUGAAGGAGCUGGACCUCACCAACAACAGUUUCAGUGAAGGAAUCCCUCCGGAGAUCGGCCGCCUCCACAGACUGCAGCAUCUGCAGCUCACGAACAACUCGCUCCGCGGGGAGAUCCCGUCUAACAUCUCAGGAUGCUCUGCUCUCGCCGGAUUCAGUGCUGCAAAUAACAAGCUGGUGGGGCAGCUGCCAUGGCAGAUUGGAGGUCUGAACAAGCUUCGAGUACUUUUCGUCACGAAAAACGAUCUAACAGGAAGCAUCCCUCCUUCUUUCGGCAACUUGUCGUCUCUACAAAUCCUCCGAGCAGGGGAGAACCAUUUCAGCGGGAGUACUGUUCUUGCCCCUCUCUGCAGAUUAAAGAGGCUUCAGUAUCUAGAUCUGGUGUUAAACAACUUAACCGGUGAAAUCCCUGCUUCCUUUUUCAAUCUAUCUUCUCUCACGGAUGUGUACUUUUCAUACAACCAACUCCAUGGCAAUCUUCCAAGAAACUUGGGGAUAUCAUUUCCGAAUCUUCGAACCUUAGACGUGGCAUAUAACCGGUUCACCGGUAUUGUUCCACCUUCCUUGUCCAAUGCUUCAAGCUUGGUGGUACUUCAACUGCCGAGUAACAAUUUUACAGGAACCAUGCCUAGUAUGGAAAGCUCUCGCAACCUGAUGUGGCUUUCUGUCUUCAACAACUCGCUUGGAAGCGGGGGGGAGGCGAAUGACCUGAGCUUCCUGUGUUCCUUGACCAAUGCCAGUAGCUUGCAGUGGCUGCUCAUUCAUUACAACAACUUUGGAGGCAGCUUGCCGAAGCAAGUUGCCAACUUGUCGACCGGCCUGGAGGUUCUGAGUCUCAAAGGGAAUCGAUUAUCAGGAAGCAUUCCAGGUGAGAUACAGAACCUUGUUAGCCUGCAAUGGCUAGAUGCAACAUACAACAACUUCUCAGGUACAAUCCCAUCUACCAUCGGGAACUUGCAAGCUCUGCAACGGUUACAGAUGAGUUAUAACAGCAUUUCGGGGUCCAUUCCGUCGUCCAUAGGGAACUUGACCAAACUGUUGGGGUUGUAUCUUAGUAACAAUCAUCUGCAGGGAGGAAUUCCAGCCGGAAUCGAGAAUUGUCGAAAUCUGAUGACUCUGGACAUUUCUUACAACAAUCUCAGUGGCGUCAUUCCCUUAGAGAUCAUGAGUAUGUCUUCCUUGUCUAGUCUCCUCAACUUGUCUUAUAACCAUUUCAUUGGUGCCAUCCCGGUCGAAGUGGGGAAUCUAAAAAACUUGGGGGAUUUGGAUCUCUCUCAUAAUAAGUUAUCAGAAGAGAUUCCGUAUAGUCUGGGUAGUUGUGUGACAAUGGAGGAACUGCACUUGCAAGGAAAUCUCCUACAAGGAACAAUUCCUCCUUCUAUUCAUUCACUGAGAGGUAUUCGGAUAUUGGAUGUAUCAACCAAUAACUUGUCAGGUCGAAUUCCAAAAUUUCUUGAAGAUAUGAAGGAACUGCAGCUUUUGAAUCUCUCUUACAACGAUUUCGAGGACGAAGUGCCACUAAGUGGAGUUUUCAAGAAUGCCAGCAUCAUUUUGGUCGACGGAAAUAGAAAACUUUGCGGCGGCAUAGCUGAACUUCAACUUCCUUCUUGCAGUUUCAGACAACAUAAGAAGGUAUUGAGUCACAAUUUGAAGAUUGUCAUAUCUACAAUCUCCAGCCUGGGUUUUCUGACUUGCAUUGCUUCCUGCUUGCUGAUCUUCUGGAUAAAAAAGAAAGGGAAACCAGAUACAAUUCCAGCUGAUGAUUUCCAACUACAAGUGUCUUACCAUAGCUUGCAUAAAGCUACAGAUGGUUUCUCCACAACGAAUCUGAUCGGCGUGGGUAGUUUUGGUUCUGUAUAUAAGGGUGUCCUUGACAUGAAUGAAAAUAGAACAACCAUUGCAGUGAAAGUGUUCAACCUUCAGCGUCGUGGAGCAUCCAAGAGUUUCAUGGCAGAAUGUGCAGCCUUAAAGAAUAUCAGGCACAGAAAUCUCGUGAAAGUACUAACAGCGUGUUCAGGUGUUGAUCGUCAAGGAAAUGACUUCAAGGCUCUCGUUUAUGAGUUCUUGGUUAAUGGCAGUCUGGAAGAUUGGCUGCAUCCGGUGCAAAGUGGAGAUGAACCUCCAAGGAGCCUAAACUUCAUCCAGAGGCUAAACAUCUCCAUAGAUGUAGCUUAUGCAAUGAAUUAUCUUCAUCAUCAAUGUGGCACACCGAUUGUUCACUGUGAUCUGAAGCCCAGUAAUGUGCUUCUUGACGAGGACUUGGUAGGCCAUGUUGGUGACUUUGGAUUGGCGCAAUUCCUUCCAUCAGUUGCUGAUUCCUCUUCGACUUGCGAGGCUUCAAGCUCCAUCGGUAUAAAGGGAACUGUUGGCUACGCUCCUCCAGAAUAUGGUAUGGGACAUGAAGUCUCUGUACAGGGAGAUGUAUAUAGCUAUGGAGUUCAUUUGCUUGAGAUGUUUACUGGACGGAAACCAACUGACGAGGCUUUUCAAGAAGGAUUCACCAUUCAUAGAUUCGUCAGAACUGCUAUUUCCGAGAAGCUGGUCACAGAACUUUUGGAUCCAGUUCUAUUGAAUGAACUACAUAUCGGUCGGACGACCCACAACAAUACCAUCCGUAGCAACAGUAGUACUAGUUCAAAGGUCGCCAACAAAACCAGUAGCCCAAAAGCAGAGGAAAUUUUGAUUUCCAUUUUGGAAAUCGGUGUUGCUUGCUCUUCAGACAUCCCACAAGAGAGAAUUAGUAUGAAUGAAGUAGUCACAAGGCUCGUCUCUUCAAGAAAAUCAUUUCUUGAUCAGUCCACACGAAGACGAAGGGAGGUGAGAUGAUUGAUUUUUUUAGUAGCUUUGAAAGUGUUUUUAACUAGCAUAUGUUUGGAAGAUAUUUACUCGAAAAAUGUGGAAUGUAAAAUAUAUAAGUUAAAGAAAAUAUUGACAUACCAGGCAAAGUUUCAGAAGUUUCUUUGAGAUGUUCCCCAGUGUUCAAGUUCCCAAACUUCUCUACAUACUCAGCAAUACUCAGGGUAACAGAGACCUUUUGAGGAUAAGGAUUUUUUCCCCUCAGCCUUCUGUCCAUCGAGAUAUUUCAUCCUAUUCUGCAAAUACUGCUGCAAGAGAAAAAUAACUCACGCUGAGAAGG